CACAUUGUCCCAAGCCCAAGAAAGAUGGCAAUGCUUGCACUGUGCAGCUACCAAAGAGAAUUUCUUUUCAACCUUCUUAUCUUUCUGCAAAAAAGAGAUCGUAUUUGUAUAUGGGUUUAUAUAUAAAACUUGCUUCUGUCAUUUCAAGGACCAAUAAUACACUUCUAUAAUGGUUAGUUCAGAUAAAUUUCUAAUAGUACAAGCCAGAUUGCAUUGGAGAUGCCCAAAUGGUUCUCUUCUAUACAGCGUUAGCAUUCUUAGCUAUUGGGAUAUCUGGUCAUAUCACAUCCUUGGACGCUUUCCUGAAACAACGAGAUUCAAAACAACCAAUGCCAUGGCAAGCAGCAGGUGGCUUUAUUGUGAUUCUUCUUGCAAUUGUUGGAUUUAUUGCAAUUCAAUUUAUAAAGCCAUGGUCUGUCCGAUUUGGAAUGCCAGCAAUAUGUACUGUAGUGGCAACUUUUUUAUUCACAACUGGCUCAUGUUCAUACAAACGUCCUGGACCGCAUCCGCAGGGGAGCCCUCUUACAACUAUAUUUAGAGUUUUUGUAGCCUACCAGAUGAUAAUCCGCUGCCUCAAACACAUAGUCUCAGGUGCCCUGGCAAGGCCGCAAUUGUAGUCCAAACCCAAAAUCAAGAGCAGAAAGAACAAAAUAGAUGGAGACAUUGCAGCUACGAAGAGAUGGAGGAUACAAAAAACUUUAUACGCAUGAUACCCAUGUGGAUGACCUUCAUUAUGUGUGGGGUUGUGAUUUCCAUAGGAAGUACUUAUUUUUUAGAGCAAGCAAAUAAUAUGAAUCGCAAACUUGGAAAAUUGAAGGUCCCUCUUCCCAUAUUUAAAUUUUUCUAUGAACUUGUAAAAGACCAUUUCAAAAGACUGUAUGUUGAAGUAACUAAAAAAGUAAUUCCAGAAAGGUAUGUACCCACCUUUGGAAUGAUAGUAGCAAUGCUGUUUUCUA